GUCCUCUCCAUACAAUACGUCAUCAUUUUCCUUUCGAAACCGCCAAAUAUCAAAAACACAAACCUUGACUCGAAGCAAAGUAGCAGCUGCGCUCUCGCAUUAAUACUCCUCUGCUCUCCAUGUUGAACCAAAAACGCAAAGCAUUAUUCGAGUUCUUGUGGAAACAUCAAGAAAAUGUCUAAAGAAGCUGAGAUGUCCAUCGCUGUAUCUGCCUUGUUCCCUGGGUUCAGAUUCUCUCCCACAGAUGUCGAACUCAUCUCCUAUUAUCUCCGUCGUAAAAUCGAUGGCGAUGAAAACUCCGUGGCCGUGAUCGGUGAGGUUGAGAUUUACAAGUUCGAGCCAUGGGACUUACCAGGAGAAUCCAAGUUGAAAUCGGAGAACGAGUGGUUUUACUUCUGUGCAAGGGGAAGAAAAUAUCCACACGGGUCACAGAGCCGGCGAGCUACAGAGCUAGGAUAUUGGAAAGCUACGGGUAAAGAGCGAAGUGUUAAAUCAGGGAACCAAAUAGUUGGAACCAAGAGAACACUUGUCUUUCAUAUCGGUCGGGCUCCUCGGGGUGAAAGAACAGAGUGGAUUAUGCAUGAAUAUUGUAUCCAUGGUGCAUCACAGGACGCGUUAGUGGUGUGCCGGUUAAGGAAAAAUGCUGAUUUUCGAGCUAGUUCGAGCCAGAGACAACUGGAGGAUGGUCUAGUGCAAGACGAUGACUACGUCGGUCAAACUGGUGGUUCAGAGAGGGAGAAGAAUUCUUACUUGGUUGAUGAACCUGAGCUUCAGAUAUCAAAUGGUGACAUAACAGAAUCAUCAAACGUUGUUGAGUAUCAGGACGACGGCAACGAUGAUUGCUACGCCGAGAUUCUGAACGAUGAUAUAAUAAAGCUAGACGAGGAGGCAGUAAAAGCAAACCAAGCAUAUCGUCCAAAUUAUCUGACUCAACAAGAGACAAUAUUCAGCGAGGCAUCAUCGAGUAAGCAGAGGUUAGAGUGUGGUAUGAAGGAAGAAUCAAAGCAAACAAUGAAUAGUUACGCUUUGUUCAGGAUCAAGAACGGCAGCACUGGCUCCUCCUCCUCCUCUGGCUGGAGAAUUCCGAAUCCUUUAACUCACAUCAAGAAUGAUGAUAGCCAAAGAGUGAGGAAGAAUGUUUUGGCUACUACUGUUUUCUUGACUAUAUUAAUGUCUGUCCUUUUUACCGUCCUAACAGCUAGAGACAGAGACUAAAAUCUUAUAAUAAAUCGCACCUAUUUCUGUACUUGUAGUACGAAUACUUAUACUUUGAUAGUAGUAACUAGUAACUAAACGUGUUUCUAUGUUUCUUUCCUCUAUUUUGUGUGGGACCGAG